AAUCGGCAGAGAAUGAUGCAUCUUUUCAAGCCAUCUUUUAGAAUUCUCAGAACCGUCAACAGUAGCAGGAGCCUCCAUUACUCAUCCGCGAAGCUUUUCCCUUGCCGGCAAACCCAACUCGAUGACGUCGGUCCUGUGGCUUCUCUUCUCAAGAGUCGGUCCGUGAUUAGGUUCCGUGGCCCCGAUACCAUAAAGUUUCUACAAGGCCUUUUGACUAACGAUGUCACCCGAUUCGAUGAAGCCCACAAAGAGAAAACGUCUACGUUGCCUACACCCAAUCUUUCCACUGUGUCUGCUCCGCCGCUCUAUGCUGCAUUGCUGACUCCUCAGGGGAGAUUCCUUUAUGACCUUUUCCUCUAUCGGCCUCCACGCCCUGCUGACAAGCUUAAUAGAACAGGUUCUGGACCCGGUUCAGACCCCAGUGAGGAAUUCGAGUUGUUAGCAGAUGUUGAUGCUGCUAUCUUGGAUGAGCUCCUGCAGUGCUUCAAGAAAUACAGAGUGAGGUCUAAGGUUGAGAUUGAGAAUGUGGCUGAAAAUUUUUGUUGCUGGCAACGUUUUGGUGGAGAUGCUUCUGAUAAAUCCUCAUCUGUUGAAGAGCCUGAUGCUGCAUCUGUUGGAUGGGGUGGUGGAGUUGAUCAGGCUGGGAUGUCAGCUGCCCAGGGAAAUAAUCUUGGAUGGCAAUGGUUCAAGGAUCCUAGACUGGAUUGUCUUGGUUUCAGGGGGAUCUUUCCAUCCAAUACAAUACCACCACUGGUUGAGUCUGACAAAGAAAUUGAUGAGCAAAAUUACUUUCGAUGGAGGUAUGAGAAAGGAGUUGCAGAGGGUUCAACUGAGAUUCCAAAAGGUGAAGCUAUUCCCCUUGAAUACAAUUUUGCUGGACUAAAUGCAAUCAGCUUCGACAAGGGAUGCUAUGUAGGCCAAGAACUCAUUGCCCGUACACACCAUCGUGGUGUUAUUCGUAAGCGUGUGCUUCCCUUAAGCUUUGUUGAUGAAUCUGGAAAAGGAAUAUCGGAGAAGGUUGAUUCAGUUCCAGGGUCAAAUAUAGUUUUUUCUGAUACUAAGAAAAAGGUUGGGACUGUGACAGCAGCACUUGGGUGUGAGGGGUUGGGACUGUUGAAGCUGGAGGAAACCUUCAAAGGAUCAGGCAAACUGAUUGUUGAAACUCAGGAAAAUGUGCAUGUUAAGGUCAUUCGACCAGAAUGGUGGCCUGCCGAAUGGUUUCAGGACCUUCAACAGGAUAGUGCUGUUGCCUAAGGUUGUAGUCUGCAACUUGAUUUACAGGAGGCAAUUUCCACUGGACGAGGUGUAUAGCUGAUGUUUCUGCUCACGGCUUCGAUUUCCAAAGAGUUGAUACUCAAGUGACUCAAAAGAAAGAACAAUCUCUAUA